CUUUACUAUAAAACACCCCAACACCUAUGAAACCAAACACACUCUUCCUCAAACCAAGGAACCCUAAUUAAAAAAAUAAAAAAAAAUGAAUUCUUUAACAAUUUGUUCCAUGUUCCUUGGUUUGAUUCUAAUUUCUCAAUCACCAUUUGCAGCAAAUGCAACACUUCUUGAUUUAGGAGGAGGAGGAGGAGUACCACUAGUUUCCUUACUUUGCGACGGUUCAUCCAACAAGGUAGAAUGCAGCAAGGUUCUAUCAAGCCCACAAACCGCGCAAGCCAAGAAUUGGACAGAACUCUCAAAGGCUGUCGCUGAAAUCGCCAUUAAAAAAGCUGUCGAAGGAGAAGCUUUCCUUAAAGGAUUGGCACAGAAAAGUAAAUCUCAAGUGCUUGACACAUGUGCAAAUUCUUAUAGUUCAUUAGUUGUGACUUUCAAAUUUUGCUGGGAUUUUGCUGAUGGGGAUCCUCAUACUGUUAGUUAUGAUUGCGUAACUGCUGGUGAUCUUCUUGCGCGAUGUGAUGGUAAGGUUAACCCUGAUGUUACUGCAUUUAACCGUCAAACCAAAUUCCUUUAUGGGCUUCUUUACGAAACUAUUACUCAACUUCCGAACUAUUUGACGGAGAAUCAGGGGUAAUUGCCUAUUUACUCAACUUUGAAUUGCAUUCCUUUCAUGGUUGUUAUUUUGGGAAAACUAUCCAAAUUGAGAAGAAGAAUGUGAUGGUUGAUUUUGGUUUGGAUGUAUUUUAAUUUUAUUGUCUCCUUAAUUUGGUGUGAUGAUGUAUAUGGAGGGAGAGUCAGUCGUUUAAUAAAGUAAAUUUACAAUGCAAAAAACAAACAGAUUUUCAUUGAGACAAGAAUGCUUGA